AUGAUGCGAGCAAUCAGAGUGAGCAAACUGGGCGGUCCCCAUGUUCUCCAACUUUCGGAGAACGUGCCCAUUCCCGAAGUGGAGCCGCGCAAGGUCUUGAUUCGUGUGAAGGCAGCCGGCGUCAACCCUGUCGACACGUACAUCCGUGAAGGCAAUUUUGCAUACUCCUUUCCACUGCCGUACACACCGGGAAAGGAUGGUGCUGGUGUUGUGGAAGAGGUUGGCGAGGGUGUUAGCAAUGUUAAGCGUGGCGAGCGUGUGUUCUUCUCGAACCGGGACACGAAGAACACGCACGGCACAUACGCCCAGUACUGCCUUAUGAACGACACCGACGUCUGGAGGCUGCCCGAGCGCUUGUCCUUCGAGAAGGGGGCCGCCCUCGGCGUUCCCUACUUCACCGCUUACCGGUCGAUCGUGCUCAAGGCCAAAGCGCAGGCUUCUCACCGCCUCCUGGUUCAUGGUGCAAGCGGGUCAGUGGGCACGGCUGCCAUUCAGAUCGCCAAACAUCUGGUGGGCUGCCAUGUUGCUGGCACAGCCGGAACCAGCUACGGCAUGGAGCUCGUAAAAAGUCUGGGUGCCGACUUCACCGCCUGCCAUAAACAGAAAGACUACCUGCCCAAGAUCAUGGAAUGGACCGAAGGACAGGGACUGGACGUCAUCAUUGAAAUGCUUGCAAAUGUGAACCUGGACAACGACCUGACUCUUCUGGGGAAGAAUGGUGUCGUAAUUGUUGUGGGAAACCGUGGACCCACGAAAAUCGAUGCGAGGCACAUGAUGGGCAAGGAGACAUCCAUCAUCGGAGAAUCGUUGUUUGCAUCUACUCAAGAGGAGUGGCAAGCCACAGCAGAAGCCGUCGUCAAGGGCAUCGAAGACGGCUGGCUCGAUCCCGUAAUGGACCGCACCUACGCGUUGGGCGACGCUAAGGCGUCGCACCAUGACAUCAUCAACUCUAAGGGUGCCAAGGGCAGGCUUAUUAUCAACCCAGAUCUCUGAUGUGGCCACUGCACGCUUUUAUGGCCUAAUAUUUGGUUGUUUCAAGGAAGGAUUAGUUUUUCCAAUGCCUGGCGAGGUGUGAAGAUGGACACAGUGGUCAACUGCUGCUGCAAGGCAGGCUUCGAGACGGCGGACCCUGCGGAAACUGGUGAAGACGACGAGAGCAUAGACGGCGCAUUUCGAGAGUUCUCGUCCGCUUCUCGGCAGCAGUUCCCCACAACGUGUCUACAGACGACUUCAUGGAAGUGGACUGCGGUGUCCAGGCGGACAGCUGAUGUGAAGAGGAGGAUCGUCCGCAUGAGGCACUGGCUACAUGCACGUACUCUGCCGCUGAAGUGGCGGCAGUGUUCGGCAUCAUUCGCCGCUGUAUUGGCCACAUGGAGGGAACUGGGCUAUCACACCUGGACAGCCUUGAUAAGAUCGAGAUUAGGGUCUUCAGCAUUUCAAAAACAAAGAAGCAGGCCAAGAUUAGCGAUUUUUUUUACGCAAAUAAAUCAUCUUGUUAUGGCGUGUGUGUGGAA